UACCGUACGAGUGCUCCGACAACGACAUUAAACUUGUGGGAGGAGGAGCAGCCUGCAGCCUUGAUCGGACCAGAGGUAUUGAGCCUUCAUCUCGACUUAGUUCCCCACGCUGUCUUCCCCACACUGUCUGCACGCUCACUACGAGUACUCGUACGGUAGCUGCACUUCCGGCCCCGUCUGGCCAGAAGGCUGCCUAUGUCCCCGCCACUAUAAUUUUCCCUUAUCCCAUUAUACAUACCGGUGUCCUCACCCAUACCGGCGUCGUUGCUUGGUAUCGCGUCUCUCCUAUCGCACAUACCGGUAUCACACCCAACUGUAACGCACCCGGAAUCGCAAGCGUCCUUUUUUCCCCUUCGAGAUUUGAAUUUUGCUUUGUUUUUCCCCUUUUCGUGUCAUUUUCACUUGUACUCGUACAGUAUUUAUUUCUCUCCUGCAUUGUAUUUGUCGGUUUGGAGACGUACGGCAUCGUACUUGAGCACACGACCCCCAUAUUGUACCCGCCAUUCGGUUGCCUCGGAUCCGGAUGCUGUUUUGAUGGUCAAAGGCAUCCGGCACUCGGGGAAGCAUAGAACAGCAGGAGGCAAACAAAUCGGUGCACGCAGGGCACGGAAAAGGACAGGAUACGUUGAACGUCCUAGCGCAUCUUGAGAUACGGUCAGGAUAGAAGGGGACUGGAGGAUAGGAAACAUUAAGUACAUACAUUAAGGUAUGAUAGGGUACACCUCAGUCUGCAUUGCAUGCAUUCGAUGUCGUGCUGAAGUGGCCACUCGCUCCCCAUUGGUGCCGUGCGCUACGGUGGUAUGGUAGGCUAACUCACGCUGGUGGGCAGCAGCCUGCUGUCCCUCCUUCCUCCCCCUCCCACCUCUCCCCCAACUCGAAACCCAAUCCUUAUUCCGGCCACUGCAACAGCCCACAUAACCCCCGGCCAUUUGUCAUUUUCUCGACAAACAAGCUCCGUCGGUAACUUACCCUCCUCAUCACCACUCCCGUUAUCUCCCCAUCCAUCGGUCCAUCCAGCUUUGAUUUAUUUCGCCUUUUCGGUCAGCAAACAGCCCGAAGAUGCCCUAUCCUUCUCCAUCGCUGCAACCACAGCGUCGCUCCGCGCAGCAUUCCAACAAUACCUCUCCACCGACUACUCAACAUUCUCAAAUGAUUCAACCGCCGCAGUUCAAUGCAUUUCCGACCUCGCCUUUUUCGAGUUUAGCCCACCUUCCAGCUCCAUGUCGCCAGCUUCACCCGCCAAAGUCCCCACUUUAUCGACCCGCUGUUCUCCGUUCAAUCGAGAGGCCCGCUCGACGUGAAAAUUCGCCUCUCACUCCACCGACAAGUUCUGCAGCCUCUGUAAAUGAAGACUAUGUUGGCGAUGGAGAGUAUAAGAAUGGCAUGGAUAUUCGAAAUGCUGCUUACGGCAGCUAUCUAGCCGGAGAAGACUAUGGAAUUGCUGGUCUGGAAGAAGAGGGGAAGGUCACAGGUCCUCCGGGAAAGGGACAUUGGAAGGUAUUUAUUUCCACGGUUUGGCACCUGCAAAAAUAUUACCCUCGUCCUCCUCCCCUUCUUUCCCAGUCCUGUUCUCCACCAGCAAAGCGCAUCCUCUGGAGUGGGAGAGAUAUCCCUGCUUUAUGUUCCUCAGACCGGUGUCAAAGGACGGGGGAGGCAGAGUUUUUUGUUUUUUUUACAAAUAUUUCUCGCUUGGGGUGCACCUCUUUGGCUACAUGGACCGCAAGGUGUUUUUUUUCUUCUUGUAUAAUUAGCUUGCCUGCUUGGGCUUUUACAGUCGUGAUUGCUAACCUGCAUUGCGUGCUCAUUCUAGCCUGACGCUGAAGCUGUAACCUGUGACGCGGCUAUGUGUGUUAAAAACUUCUCAUUUGUUCUGAGAAGACAUCACUGUCGACGGUAAGUUUGUUAUUUGCUCCGUCUAUGCUUUAUUCACAAGUACCCGUCGUUCUUGAAUUCUUUUCGUGCCGGCGCAUCCUGAGGCUUAUCCGCUCUUCCCACAUUUUCCAUGGUGAUUUGAUUCUUGUCUCUGAGCUUUUCGGCUGUGUUUCACUUCAGUUCCGUAUGAGGCAGAAGGGGAACACCUAUUACUUGAUGACUGACAUCUUCAACCCAUACAGAUGCGGUAACGUAUUUUGUGCUCAACACACAACCCACACGGUUCCUCUCAACCAAAACGCUCGCUUUCAUAUUCAAGGAUAUCAAGAAAGGGCAUGCGAUAAUUGCUGGAAUGACUACACGCGCUUGCUCGCCGCUAAAAGGACAGAUUCUCUGAGCUCUAGCAAUAGUAGCAGCUCAACCCUAAGCAACAAUCAUCCCAGUCCUAGCAGUCCUGUCAUGAAUAUGGGUGUUAGAGGCACCGGUCCUGGAAAUGGGAAAGGAAUGGAUGGACUCGGUGCCAAGGUGGGCAGUUAUGUUGGCAGUGUUCCUAGAGAUUGGAGCUGGAGCACUUUUUAAGUCAAUUCAACUUGGAUGCGAUGUCGGUAACACCACGGCAGGAUGGGCGGAAUAAGUUAUGGUUAACAACUAUAACUAUUUUGCUUCUGCUGGAGUUUAUAUCAACCACCGACAAUCCAUCACUCGACUGAUGGCACAGGUUUCAAGAUUGUGCGCUUAUCAUGUCAGGGGGAGCUUUCUCCCCCUUCUUUUCCGGCUUGUUUGAUUGGAAUCAGCGAUCCAUGGUGAGGAAUGCUGUGUCUAUUAUUUUCCUUUUUUCUGACACGAAUUUCUUUGCCAGAUUUUCCCAGUUGCGCUUCUGAAUUACUCCCGAUCUGAUUUUAUGUUUGUGUAAUUUUCAUUUUUUCCAUUUUUUCCCAUUUUUUUCUUUUUUGAUAAACCGUUCUUAUCAAAGUGUAUUUUCUGUCUUAUGACUAUAUUCAUACCAUAGAUUUCAUCGCAUGUUUCUGGGCAGUUUUUUUUUUUGCUUCACGGGUUGUAUUCCAACGGGAGUUUUUUUCUUUCCCCUCUUUCACUUUCUUUUCUUUCUUCCUCCUGCGAUGUCUUCUGGUUCGGCAAUUUGUUCUAGGGUCUGUAUGUGUUAGGUGUGUGUGAUUAAAGGAGAUACGGUUGGUUGGUUGGUUGGUGGGGUCAUGAUAGGGGGGAGGAGAUGGUGGUGUUCAGUGGAUAGGGUUGUGCUGGAUGGUGGUGGGAGGUUGACGGGGGGCAGGGGUUUCUGUUUGUACCGGUACGCAUCUGUAGAGAGGCUUAUGGUGUUUUCUCUUUUGGCUGUAACCGGUUCUGAGUGCGGAGGUGAUGUUUGACAUGGUGGGUGGCGUGCCGUAUUUGGGUAUGGUGGAUCCAAGCGUUUCCCGUAGUGAUUGCCAUGUUAUUUCCUAUGGUGUUUUUUGUGGAUGGGUCCCGCGCUACGAUAUGAAGAGUAUUCGGAGUUAUCGACCCCAGUCGAGUACUCGAGUAAUACGGUAGACUACGGCAGCGGUGGCGGCUGGGAUCAACGCUGGGGUUCGGAAACGGAUUCCUGUCGACAUUGUAUCAUAGGAGUGCGGUAGGGUGGGGUGGAGGAUUGAAUCGGACAGUGGUCACAAUACCGCCAACAGGUUACAGUAGAAAAAUACCCGUACAAUACUCGAGUACUGUGCCCCACUCUCGAUGCGUUUGAUUGGAGAAGGCUGCGUCCGAGCACACGACACACGACCAUUCCUGAGCACGCUGCUCAAGAAUUGCGGGGAAAUUCCUGGGCGGGAAGCCCACGUCGGAGGAAAUUGCGGCAUAUCGGUGUUACCAUUCGGUCCAUUCUUUGCCAUCUCGCAUCUGCCCACUCAUGCUCUCACACCGGUGACCAGCUGAGGAUGAGGACAGCCCACCGGUGGUGCCGUACCGUACGAUACAAGUAUCCACAUGUGCCUGUCUGUCCGUCCGCUUAGCCCAUGUGUCGUGUGGCAAUAAAUUAUCCGUCUUCUCGGACCACCAAAAACGGCCCAAGUUCCUUCCUCCUUCGUUUUCGUCGUCAGUUCACCCACGAUAACCAGCGAUUGAGGCCGAGUCAGCACCUUGUUUACAGUGUUGCACUUGUAUAUCGC